AUGUCAUCCCCCGACUAUUCCUCCGACUCGUCCUCGGGGGCCUCGAGCGACCGCAGCAGUCCAGCUCGGGUAUGCCCCCAUCGUAAUGCCCGGUUCCACGACCAGGAAUGCUCCAGAUACUUCGACUGUCCGAGCCACCAGUUGGAGAGGGCGACAUCGGAGGCCGCAGCGUCCGACGAUCAACACGGUGAAGAAGAUCAAGAAGAUGUGGAUGAGGAGAGAGAGAGCUCUUCCAACGAAAUAUCCCCAAUAAGCGAGGACGAGCCUGGCGGUCAAGACACAGACGAUGCUCCUGCUGCGGGCGUUGAGUUAGAGGCCGAACCCGAGGCCGACAACUCGGGGCACGAUGUGAUCGACCUCACCGCCUCAUCACCAGAGAACAAUCAGCCGAGCUCUCCAGAAAUUGUCUCGGGUGUGUCACAGAUUUCAGGUGUUGAAAGAGGUGUGACCGAACCAUUUGGGCAAGGGAGGAGCCAGCUAGAGACUGAGGUGAUUGAUCUCACUGGGGACUCAUCCGAGGAGCCGGCUCAGCCAGGGCCGUCGAACCCAAACCAGAAUGUUGAACGUGCCCUGCCUACACUCCCGCCGUCUGCAUCCGGCUCGAGCAUCUCGUCUCACCGAUCCGCAGGCGCCGGGUCUCCGUCGUUCCAAAGGCGACCAGCCACGCCACCGUCACCUCCGCCUGCCUCCCGAAGGAGAACAUCCUCCAACGCUUUUGCCGCCACUAGGGCUAGUCACCAGCAGCAAAGACCACCAGAGUCUAGAAGACCUUCGGACCUAGUCCUGCCACGGUGGCAGCCCGAUGCCGAGGUUACCCUUUGCCCCAUCUGCCACACCCAAUUUAGCAUCUUCAUUAGGAAACACCAUUGCAGAAAAUGUGGGAGGGUGGUUUGUGCCUCUUGCUCACCGCACCGCAUCACUAUUCCUUAUCAAUAUAUCGUCCACCCUCCUGGGACGCCACGCCCGGGGGCUCAGAGGCACUCAUCUUCCUUCCUGAGCGGUGAAGGCGGGUACGCCGAUUUUAGUAGCCUCGGCGGUGGUGAAAAGGUCAGGCUUUGCAACCCGUGUGUGCCUGACCCAAACACAAAUCCGCCACAGUCUCAAGAGUCGCCGGGCUCCAGAAGGGUCCAUAGCAGGUCCCAGAGUGGUGCCUCAGGAACGACGGCACAUGGGUCAGGCCUGGCGCCACCAGGUCGUCCCACCUACUUCGCGACCCGAGCUGAUGAUCCAUAUGGGAGGAAUAGAAGCGUCACCAUGUUGGCAGACGGCUCUCGACAAGCUUCGGGCAGUCGACCUUACCAAUAUCAGUCUACUCAGAGUAGGAUUCUGAGCGGGACUCCGCCCUCUCACUAUCCCUAUGCCGUGCCCUCAUCAAGCUCUUCGUACCGGACGUUGAGACACCGCUCGAUGCUCGAUGCUGGACAGUCUUCGUCCUCCAUGGCAGCGGCUAGCAGGAGGCCGUUGCCGCCAGACCCGCCACAAGUAGCGGAGGAGGACGAAUGUCCAGUCUGCCACCGCGAGCUCCCAUCACGCGAGUUGGCGAAUUUCGAGGCUCUGAGAGAGGCACACAUCAAUAUUUGCAUCUCGUCGCACAGCGCUUACGGGACCCCCAGUGGUGAGGGCUCUAGCAUGGCGCCCAGGAGGACAGGCAUGUUCCCAUAUGUCGCUACAGAGAAGGACUGUGUAGACAGUGCGGAGUGCACAAUCUGCCUGGAGGAGUUUGAGGUUGGCGACCCCAUGGCAAGACUGGAAUGCUUCUGCCGGUUUCACAAGGACUGCAUAUCGCGAUGGUUUGCCAAAAACCCGGGCAGGUGUCCGGUACACCAGCACGCUAUUCCAUGA